UUCUCCAAUUUUUCAUACUCAGUUUUAUUUGUAUCCGCCAUCACCAUGGCAUCCUGUCAAGUUAUCAUAGCUCUCUUCUUCACUUUGGCUCUUGCAAGAAUUGAACUUUCCACAAGUAAUGUCCUUAGGGGCUCAGUCACCUGUCUAGACUGUGAUGGCCACAGUGAUCUAUCUGGUAUUAAGAUAGUAGUGAAGUGCAGCAAUGUGAAGAAGGUGGAUGUGGCUACCACAAAAGAAGAUGGUACUUUUGAGACUGAUCUUGCCAAGGGUACUACAACUUCUCCUAAUUCACUAAAAUGCCUUGCCAAGAUCCUAGGAGGUCCAAGCUUGCUCUAUACUUCAGGAAAGAAGACAAUUUCUAAGGUUGAAAAGGUUGAAGGGCAUGACUACUACACAAAUACAGAGCCCCUUAACUUCUACAAAUCAUGCCCUGCAGAGAAGCAUGCAGAAUGUGCAUCUGUAGACUUGGAAUUUGGUUCAUCCAAGACAGUUGAUCUCCCUCUACCAAGGGAAUGGGGACUGGCACCAUCUAGCUACUACGUUCCUUUCAUUCCCAUUAUUGGAAUUCCUUGAAGUUUAUGUUCGUAGCAUUAUGAACUCCAUAAACUAAGCAGUACACAUAUAUAUGAUAUGUGUGUUUUUUUUGAGUAAAAAGAGAAGACUUGAUGUCUUGCUCUUAUUAUCAUCUUAGCUGUGUGUGUGUGUGUAUAAUGUACUGAUUUUGAGUUGUUGUAUUUCUAUGUGUCUCAUUUCUACUAUACAUUUGGCUUGCAUUUUAAUA